AUGACGAUGACUUCAUUCUUUCUGGAAAAAUACUCGACAAGCUGCAGUACGUCUGAAUGGUGGACAUAAAACAAAACGAGAAAGUCUCUGCUCGAACUGCCGCUCCCUCGACUCGCUUUCUUAGUCAUCGCGCCUUUACCUGGAUUCGUAAGGCCUCGUGAUUGUGUGACCUCGCAGGAAUACGAACUGUGCGUCUCGGGGGGUUUUCUUUAUUUCUGUUCCAUCUCUCGUCGUCCGGCCGAAGCUCUCUCCUUCAGUCAAUCCCUCUACUCUUGUUGCAGACUUACAGGUUUAUUUUUUGGGGGCUAACAAUCUCUGACCUCUCGCCCUUUCCCUACCUGAAUACAAUAUGGGUGAAAUGCUUGUGGAGGGCAGUACUCUUCAGAUCGAAGACUAUGGCCUUAUUGGUGAUAUGCGAACAUGUGCCCUGGUAGGAAAAAACGGCAGUAUCGACUUCAUGUGCUGGCCUCAGUUCGAUUCUCCCUCAAUUUUCGGCAGACUUCUUGACACAAGCAAAGGCGGUGGAGGUCAUUGGAGCAUCGGGCCACGGAACAGCACAGUGUGCAAGCAAAACUACCGGGCUGCUACAAACAUCCUCCAGACAAAGUGGAUUGAUGAGGAAGGGGUGGUGGAUCUCACGGAUUUCUUCGCCCUUUCGAAAUACAACAAGAUCCUGCGCGAGAAAUGGAGUGGUUCGACGCUGGUGCGUAAACUUGAAUGUGUCCGGGGCCAUAUGUCGAUUGAUAUCGAGCUUCGACCACGACCGGGCUAUGCCUCAACCGCCGGAUUCAUGCACGGCUCCGAUGUCAAAGCAGAAGAUGGCACAUAUCAUCAGUCUCUAACCUGGAUCUCAGAGGGAGACGAGGCCUCCGUUGACGUCCCAGAAUUCUAUGUUGCGUACUGUACUAGAGACCGCCCUUUGAAGACGGAUCCGAUCAUGUUUCAAUCAGCCAAAAACCACAAAGGCGUCGAAGACAAACUCCGUGCCACUUUCGACAUUCAAGAAGGGCAGCAAAUAUUCAUGAUUAUGUGCAAUAGUCACGUCAAGCCGCAUCUUACUCGUGAUCUGAUCAUGGGUCUCGAGCAAGACACCUUCAAAUUCUGGACGAGCUGGAUAAGAUCUUGUUCGUAUCGCGGACGCUUUCAACAGGAGGUAGAGCGCAGCAUGCUUAUUCUCAAAUUACUAACCUUCGAUCCGACGGGCGCUAUCGUCGCCGCACCUACAUUCUCUCUACCAGAAGCCAUCGGUGGGCCACGUAAUUGGGAUUACCGCUAUUCCUGGGUUCGCGAUUCCAGCUUCACCAUAUACGUGUUCCUCAAGAUGGGAUUUCCUGACGAAGCAGAAGCGUAUAUCAACUUUAUCUUCGCCCGCAUUGCCGAGUGGCGCAGACAACAGGAGUCCUCUGGCGGCACUAGCAUCCAUCACCUGCCUCUGAUGUUCACCAUUGACGGCGAAACAUCCCUGCCCGAGCUGGAACUCGACCACCUCUCCGGUUACAAAGACAGCACCCCAGUUCGAAUCGGCAACGCCGCGACUGAUCAUGUCCAACUUGAUAUCUAUGGCGAAUUGAUGGACAGUAUCUAUUUGUACAACAAGCAUGGCAAGCCAAUUUCAUAUGCGCAAUGGCUAGAUAUUCGCUUCCUGACCGACUUCGUCUGUGAGAUUUGGAAUGAGCCUGACAUGUCGAUCUGGGAAGUUCGCGGCAAGAAGCAACAUUUCGUCUACUCAAAGAUGAUGUUAUGGGUUGCUGUGGACCGCGCUCUGAGACUCGUCGACAAGCGCAAUUUUCCCUGCCCAAACCGCGAGAAGUGGUUUAGCACUCGAGACCAAAUCUACGAACAGGUCAUGGAGAAAGGUUUCAACUAUGAUAUGAAUUGCUUCGUGCAGAGUUACGAGUCCAACACUAUACUCGACUCGGCCGUCUUGGUUGCGCCGCUGGUGUUCUUCAUGUCGCCCAAUGACCCCCAGUUCGUGGGAACUUUGGACAGAGUUCUUCGAACUCCUGAAAAGGGGGGUCUCACUUCGGCCGGAUUUGUGUUUCGCUACGAUCAUGAGCAGACUGAUGACGGUGUCGGUGGCCGUGAGGGUACCUUUGUCAUGUGUACAUAUGGCUCAUUGAAGCGCUCGUUCGAGCAGGAAAGUACAACAAGAAGUACCUUGAGAUCGCAAAUGGAAUGUUCGAAACGGUUACGAAUUUUAGGAACCACGUCGGCAUGUUGAGUGAGGAGAUUGCAAUUAGCGGCGAACAGUUGGGAAACACACCCCAGGCAUUCAGUCAUUUGGCUUUUGUCAGUGCGGCCAUCAACCUAGAGAGAGUCACAAGAGGGCAGUAAGAAAGAAGUUGUGAUCUCAGGUAUUCUGGUCGAAAGAGGGUCAGUAUGGAUCAGGGAGGAAUCUUGGUGGGAAGCGUGGCGCCUGGAUGGUGGGACAACAGGGUGGUGUGAAAGGCGAAGCUUCUAUUUAGGGCAGCAGAUUAUCAUAAAGUAGGG